AGAAAGAAGGAAGAUAAAGAGAGAGAGACGUUCCGUUGUUGUUGUUUGUGUAAUAUUGGCAAUCCCACGGUUGAGAGGACAAGAGAGGAGGAAGAACACAUCAAUACCCUCUUCUCUCUCUUGGAUCUCUUCUCUUCCUGUAGAGAUUUGAUCGGCCAUUGAUGUUGCAUGGUAUCAUUCGCUGCAUUUACCUUGAAUGGAAAGCAUAAGAAAGGCUUAUGGGGCUCUUAAGGACUCCACCAAGGUUGGCCUAGCUAAGGUCAAUAGCGAUUUCAAGGAAUUGGACAUUGCAAUUGUCAAGGCCACCAACCAUGUAGAAUGUCCGCCCAAGGAACGACAUGUUAGAAAGAUAUUUGCAGCGGUAGCGAUAUCAUGUCCAAGAGCUGAUGUUGGCUAUUGCAUUCAUGCGCUUUCCAGAAGAUUGGCAAAGACACGCAGCUGGAUUGUUGCAAUAAAGACUUUGAUAGUUUUUCAUAGGGUUUUAAGAGAAGGUGAUCCGAGCUUCAGAGAAGAGUUAAGGCACUUCUCCAGAAGAGGAAAUAUAUUCCAAGUAGCCAAUUUCAGGGAUGAUUCAGGUCCUCUAGCUUGGGAAUGCUCUGCUUGGGUCCGAACGUAUGCACUCUAUCUGGAGGAAAGACUUGAAUGUUUUAGGAACAUUCACUAUGAUAUAGAGGCAGAUAAAGUACCAAAAUCAGCUCCUGGAGAAUCUAAGACAAACAGUAAACCAAAAACGUUGAGUACGGAAGAACUGUUGGAGCAGAUACCUACAUUGCAGCAGCUUCUAUAUCGCCUUGUUUGUUGCCAGCCUGAAGGAGGAGCCUGCCACAACUUUCUCAUCCAGUACGCCUUGGCCCUGGUCGUGAAAGAGAGCUUUAAAGUAUAUUGUGCCAUCAAUGAUGGGAUAAUUAAUCUGGUAGACAUGUUUUUUGAAAUGCCCAAACACGAUGCGGUUAGAGCUCUUAAUAUUUACAAAAAAGCAGCACGACAGGCAGAUCAUCUAGCUGAUUUUUAUGGCUUCUGCAGAACUUUGGAUCUUGCUCAGACAUUUCAGUUCCCUACAUUGAGACAGCCUCCUCCCUCAUUUCUUGCAACUAUGGAGGAAUACAUAAAGGAAGCACCCCAGGCAGGUUCUGUGUCACAGAAGAAACUGGAGCUUCAGGAGAAGAAAGAAGAACCAGAAGAGCCUAAAGAACAAGCUCAACAAGAGAAUGAAAAAAAAGUCAAAGAAGGUGAAAACGGAAAAAGGACUGAUCAUUUACAAGAGGAACCUGCAUCUCAGACUAAAGAAGUUAACCAACCACCAGCCUCUGCUGCAGAGCCUGUUGAUCUUCUUGAUUUCGACGACGUAAAUCCAAAUGCCGUGCAAUUAGAGGAAAGCAACGCAUUGGCCCUUGCAAUUAUUCAACCUGACAAUAAUCCAGCCCCAACUAACAAUGCAUUAACCGAUGUCGGUAACGUUUCUGGAUGGGAGUUGGCACUAGUGACGGCACCAAGCCACAUUAGUAAACCUCAAGUAUCAGAAACCAAAAUGGCCGGGGGCUUUGACAAGUCGUUGCUUGAUAGCUUGUACGAAGAUGACGUUUCCCGGAGACAACUACAGCUGCAUGCCUCUGGCUACAGCGCAGGCCUCGGUUUUGAAACAACGGGAACAAUUUCGUUCCAUCAACCUGAUCCCUUCAGCAUGUCAAACAACUUCGCACCUCCAACGAACGUGCAGAUGUCCACAAUGAUGCCGCAGCAACAGCAGAUGAUGAUGCAGCAGCAAAUGCUGGUGCACCAACAGCAAAUGCAAAUGCAGUAUCACCAGCAACAGCAGAUGCCAAUGCAGCAACAUAAUAUGAUGAUGAUGAUGGUCCCUCAUAACCCAUAUGCACCUCAGUUUCCUCAACAGCAAAUGUCUCAGAUGCGGUCUACAAAUCCAUUUGCCGAUGAUCCCUUUAGCUUUGCGCAGAGUGCAAUGCCACCGCAGGGAAACCAUACCAUACUUUAGACUACUUUAAGGUCAAGUUUUACAUGUUUAUAUUGACUCCUUUAAGGUAAAAGUUUCACAUGUUUAUUCAUUUCAAGUUUGUAACAUAGACUAACAUUAGGAAGAAAUGUGUUUCUUGUCUUUGCUUUCAUGAGAUCCAUAUAUUACCAGGAUCUAACUACAUAUAGUAAAAGAUUCAUAUGGUACUUGUAUGAAAGUAAGCUUUGAUCA